AUGGCUCCCAAGAUCGAGGCGCAGGAAAUUGAGACGUACUGGAAUAUCUUCUCUACGCGAACAGGAGGCGGCAAGUUCCUUACAGGUGAACAAGCCGCUCCUGUUCUGAAGAACAGUGGCCUCCGAGAUGAUCAGCUAGAACGAGUGUGGGAUCUUGCGGACGUGGAUAAUGAUGGAAAUCUUGAUUUCGAGGAGUUUUGCGUUGCCAUGCGCAUUAUCUUUGAUAUUCUCAACGGAGAAUACGCGGAUGUGCCGACAACAUUGCCCGACUGGCUUGUCCCUGAGUCCAAGGCUCAUCUCGUGCAGGCUGGCCAAGCUAUCACCGGAAAGUCAGUACAGUUCGAGCAGGUUGAGGACGACUCGGAAGACCUGGGGCUCAAAGACGGAUUCGAGUGGUACAUGAAGCCUGCGGACAAGGCCAAAUACGAGCAAAUCUACCAGGAAAACCGAGAUAUGCGCGGCGAGGUGGAUUUCCAUGCGCUCAGUGAUCUUUACGAGUCCCUUGACGUUCCCGAUACUGAUGUCCGAUCCGCCUGGAAUCUGAUCAACCCCUCGGCGCAAUCGACUAUCAACAAAGAUGCUUGUCUCGCAUUCCUACAUAUCCUCAACUACCGACACGAGGGUUUCCGAAUUCCCCGUACCGUUCCGGCCUCGCUUCGAUCGAGCUUUGAGCGCAACCAGAUUGAUUAUCAAGUCGACAAUCAGCGAACAGGCGCUAACUCGCGUUGGGCCACCAAGGCCGACGAUACCACGAGCACCGGCCGCAAGGCUAAGUUUGGCGAUCAAUACCUAACGCGCCUGGGUCGAAGCGGCUUCAAGAGCUCGGGCACGGAUUUCUCGACGGAAAAGACGGAGGACUGGGAAGAGGUUCGACUGAAGCGCAAGCUCCAGGACCUCGAGGAUAAGAUAAAGAAGGUGGAGGAGAUCGCGGAACGCCGGAAAGGUGGCAAACGCGAUUCUAAGCCUGCACUUGUUAAGAAGGAACUCGAUCAAUUGCUCGAAUACAAGCGACGAGAACUUCGGGAAUUGGAAGAGGGAACUGGUAAGAGCGCGGCUGGAGGAAGUCUCAAGAGCAUACAGGAAGAUCUCCAGACAGUCCGGGAGCAGGUUGAGGGUCUAGAGAACCACUUGAGAACACGAGAGCAAGUUCUUGAGCAGAUCAGGCGGGAGAUUGAAGAUGAGAAGAGAGCAUAG